AUGUACGUAACAGUUCGCCCCCUCGGGGAACAGUGCAUCCUCGCACCGCAAGAGGAGUACCCAUGGAGGGAGGGUGUGGGUUCUGGAGGCGGGCGUGGGGCAGGCGAGAGCUUGGAGGCUGGAGGCAGAGACAGGGAAUCCACAGGCCAAGCUGUACAGUCAUCCACAUACGGCUGGGGAGCUGCAAACGCCACAUUUUCCACCUGGGGAGCUGCAAAGGCCAUCGAUGGCAUCAGAUACGCUCCAGGUUCAGCCUCCAGCUGCUCCAUCACAGAUAAGGAGCUCAACCCGUGGUGGAGGCUGGACCUGCUGGAUUCUUACUACAUUUCCAGCGUGACCAUCACCAACAGAGGCGACGGCUGGCUGGAGCAAACGACUGGAGUAGAGAUUCGCAUCGGAAACUCUCUGGAAAACAACGGCAACAACAAUCCCAGAUGUGGUGUCACUUCAUCUGUCCCAGCAGGCAGUUCUGUCAGUUUCUCUUGCGGGGGAAUGGAAGGUCGUUAUGUGAACAUGUACAUUCCUAACAUCCAGGCGGUUCUCUCGCUGUGUGAGGUGGAGGUUUAUGGAACAGUCUAG